ACCAUUUGAUAUGCAUCAGUACCUCCCAAGUCUUAUGAGACAAAGUGACUCCUUCUUUGAAUCAUUUUCCUUUCAUUUUAAAGACAUUCAAUUCCAUUCAAGCGACCCACACAAAAUAAAAAUGAAUCAAUUGGUGAUCUUUGCAGCUCUAGUGGCUACCAGCUUGGCUUACGGUCGUUAUCGUCCUAACUACCAUCCCUUGAGGAAUUCUAUGCCUUACGAGUUCGAGUAUGACGUCAACGACGGUGACAAUCAGCAUGGCCAUCGGCAGCAAAAUGACGGCCGUGUUACGUCGGGAUCUUACCGCGUCGCUUUACCGGACGGCCGGACGCAAAUCGUUACCUACCGGGCUGAUCAUAACGGAUACAACGCCGACGUGACUUACGAAGAAUCGGAUUACAAUCCUACCCGAUUAACUUAUCGCCCUCCUGCCCCGCAAUCUUACUACCCACCUGCCCCGCAAUCUUACUACCCGCCUGCCCCGUCAAGUUACUACCCGCCUGCUCCUAAACCUCUGAUUUUCAGGACACCUUCUUACGGAUCCCCAUCUGCAUUUGAUGUUAGGCCUUUUGGGGCACCUGAUUACCAACCAUCGCCUUUGCCUAGGCCCCUGAUUUUUAGGGCUCCUUCAUACGAUUCUCCAGUUGCUGCUGAAGCAUUCGGGACUACGCCCUUCUACACAUCACCGGCUGUCCCUCCGUUCGGAGCUGAAGUAAUUCAAGACUACGAUGCAUCGCACGAAGCUUCAUUCGCUCCUGUUCCUCUUCUGUUCAGGAACAACGUCGCCUACAAAGUGACUCCGCACGCCGAAUACAAAGAUCGCAUUCCGGUUGAAUACAGGUCGGCCUUCGGUAAACGAUCGCUACCCAUCGAUCAGUGGAAUGAGACGUCCAUCCUUGAAGUUCUGCCCGGUCCAGCCGAAGUGGAGGCUGCGGUCAACGGCAUCGAUGAUGUGGCCGAUACGGAAGAGGCUUCAGCUACUCCGGCUGCUGAUGUAGAGGCCGCCGAAGCUGCGGGGGAAUUGGAAUCGUCCAAGGCUUAUGCAAACGAAGCAUUGGAUGACGCAACUUUGGACGAUGCGGAGCUUCUUCCUAGCCCCGAGGCGUUUGCUGUUGAGGCGUCUGAAGCUCGAACCGAUUCUCCGUCGGAAACUUACCAUUCUGACGUCAUUGAAUUCGAUGAUCUUCCGUUUCCCCUGCCAUUGCCGUUAGCCUUUAGGCCUUACGCUGUUUAAAAAAUAAACGUAAAGGUGAGAUUUUUUUUUUCUUUAAGACAAUUUAUUUCAUAUCCAGAAUUGUUCGUUUUCCUAUCGUGAUUGUUGGCUCAAGAAAUAUACAAAUUUCAUUUACACGUAA